CUUCUUUUUUUUUUAUUAUUAAACUCCGGCUCAGCAGUUUGUUUACGGUCCCUUGCUUCCCCUUCUUCUCGCGCUGCCGGACAAGUGUCUGCCCAGUGGCAUUCCGAGCAAGCGAAGCUGUUGGUCGCGCUCGAGGGAGGGAGCCGAGCGCGAGAAGCGUCGGCGGAGAUCUGCCAAGCAUUUGCUGACUGGGAGAAUAUUCAUCGCAUCGAAGCUUUUGAAAGUCACCUCUCUAUAUGGUCCUCUGUCUGGUUUUAAAAAGAAAAGGAAGCUACAUAAAAACGGUUUAAUUCUGGUGUUUGGGAGAAGAGCUGGUGGUGGGAAACCCAACGAAGAUUUCCAGAACAUACCCUCGAGUUUAUCUCUUUGCUCACCAAGCCAAGCCGUCAUGGACUUCCUAUGGAUGAGCUGAAACGUUUUCAACAGCACCCGGUCUACCUCCAGCAGCGCAAAAUCCAGCCAGAAGUUGCAAGAUGACCGAUGAGCCCAUCAAAGAGAUCUUGGGAGGUUCCAAAUGUCCUCAGUGUGCAACGCUGGAAAAGUGCAACAACAAUGACUGCAGGGUGACAGCCGUGCCUCUGGUGAGCGAGUGCCGUCUGACAGCUGCCACGGGGGGAGCCGAACUCUCCUGCUACCGCUGCACAAUCCCGUUUGGGGUGGUGAUCCUCAUCGCCGGGGUGGUGGUCACAGCUGUGGCGUACAGCUUCAACUCCCAUGGAUCCAUCAUCUCCGUGCUUGGGCUGGUCAUACUGUCCUCCGGACUCCUUUUGCUGGCGUUGAGCGCGUUGUGCUGGAAAAUCCGACAGAGGAGCAAGAAGACAAAGAGGCGAGAAAGCCAAACGACUCUAGUGGCAAAUCAGAGGAGCCUGUUUGCUUAGAACAGAACAAAGCUGCAAGCAAAUAGGGAUGGGGGGGGGGAGAGGUGGAUCGUGCAACGGACGAGCCUAUUUAUUUGCAGUUGGGCUGCAGGAUUUUAUUAAUGGCUGCAUCGGAUUUAUUAAAAAUAGGAGCUAAAACACGCUUAA